AUGAAGGCGGUUCUCGCCACGGCCGCCGCCGUCUUCCUCGCCGCCGCUGGGGUCUCCUCCGCCGCCACCUGCAACACCGACACUCCCGUCGCUGACCUGUGCCCGGGAUGCGACGGCCAGAACAUCACCGAUGCCGACACCAAGUGGGUGGUGUCCUGCGACUAUCGGAGCCACGGCGUUGCAGAGCAGGCCAUACAGGGUGACAUCACUCUCGAGGGCUGCUUGAAGGCAUGUGACGCGGCCAAUAAAUGCUACGGCGCCAACCUCGCGGCCAAUGGUAGCUGCUCCAUCCUCACCGGCGACCAGAAGUCCCUCGCCGAACAGAAGGGCGUCAUCAAUCUCUUCCGCCUCGCCGAAUCCAAUGCCGAGACGACUGAGCAUGUGAAGAUGACUUCGACCGUCUUCGGUGGCGGCCUGACGCAGACGUCAUCCGCUUCUCCCAUCACGACAACAACCAAUGCCCCUUCGCCCUCCAGCAGCCCAGAAUGCGAUUUGGAACUCAAUACGCUCUGCCCAACCUGCGAUGGUGUUGAAGUUGGCAAUGCCAACGGUGGCAAAUAUACCAUCGUCUGCGACUUCGAGCUCACUUCCAGCAACGGUUCUUACUACCCCCAGGAGGCUCUAACUCCCGCGGGCUGUAUCAAUCAAUGCGACCAACUUGACUUCUGUGCCGGAGCUUCCUACUUCGACUUUAAGGACUGCGAGAUUGCGAAGGAGGGCGGUGACUUGACAUCCACGUCCAACGCCGGCUACACCGCAUUCGUUCCUGUUACUACUACUGCAGGCGCUGCCAGCAGCCCCGUCCCAACAACCUCAAAGGUCUCGAUCACUGGCACAGUCACAGACCCGACCUACUCAACUCUCCCGACGAGCUCUGGUUGUGACGCGAAUGCCAUGGCGUGUCCGGUGUGUGAUGGCAUUUCCGUUCCCGACAAGCUGAAUUCGUCAUACACCGUCGUUUGCGGCAUGGAGCCGGUUUGUGAGAGCGAGCCCAUUCGCGACAACGUUGCCUCUCAGGAGCUUUGUUUAGAGGCUUGCGAUCAAGGUGAGAUUCACGCGUCAUUGCGGGCGCGACUUCGCCCUGAACUUGCGAGAGCAAUUCUGACUUCCUUACAGAUGUUACCUGUUUGGCUGUGAAGUGGUACUCGCAAGACAAGUCGUGCCACCUCUGCCAACAGGGCUUGGAACAAGGCGCCCAGUCCGGAGGCCUCCCCUACAUCGUCUUUGUCGCGGAUGGAGACGACAACAACAAGACAGCGACCUCGAGCAGCCGUAAGGGCAGUACAACUUCUUCAACUACCUCGAAGCCUACCCUAUCCUCGACAAUAACCGACUUUCCGGCGCCAUUCUCGCCAACGACGACUUCCAAGUCCGUCUCUGCCAAGAUCGGUCCGGUAGGUCCUGUAAUUCCUUCCUCAAUCGCAGCGGCGGGCACGCAGCGUCCUGAGACGGCUUUCAACCCAGGCGGUCCGAUCAUCAAUAUCACCGCAACCACGUCGGCGAUUCCAGCGAACAUCACUAACGGUGCCGAGGUUACCUGUCCCGACUCCAGCGGGAAUGUCUACAUUGACCCAGAGAGUGGCAAUUACUACGAGGUCAACUGCGACAGCGUUUUCAGCGGCGCAGCACAUUCGCGCUACCUCUCUGCCUCGGACUUCUCAGCCUGCGCGGCCUCGUGCACUGGCAGCUGCGACGGAGUUCAGGUGCGUAUCCUUCCACUUGUGAUCAUUGUGCCUGUAAAUCCACUGACACAUUCGCCAGUUCGGCUUCAGCACUCGCUGCGGUCUCUACACCGACAUUUCCGUCGUCGCUGGUGCUACAGGCUGGACUAUCGGUGCCAGCAUUCCAGCCCCAACUCCUGACGCGAGCACCACCUCCACCAAGACAACCCCGACUUCAGUCAAGGCAACUGCAACUGCAGCUCCUGCCCCUCCAAAGUACGGCAACGGAACGCGAUCGUAA